AUGUCUGACAACCAAGAAAAACGACCUGCGAAAAGAAAAAAGUCUGGUGCUGAAUUUAGAAAAGAGAAGAAAGCAAGAGAAGAGGAAAAUAAACACCUUGGUGCUUUUAUGUUAAAUUUUUUUAAAAGCAAUGAGAAGCGUGAACAAAAAGAUGAUAUCCAUGAUACAGAUAAAAAAUUAGGGAAUGAAGCUGAAGUCUGUGAAAUUACUGGAACUAUAUUUCCAAUCCAGAUGACCAAGGAACACUUGUAUUAGAUACAAAUGUUAAUGCCAAUAUUGCAGGUGAAGACAAAGGUCCUGAAAUAAUUGAAAUUCAAACGAACAGCAUUGAACAACAUUCCCAAACCAUUUCUAGUGAUGAUGAGGUUGAAGAUAUAGAUUUGGGAGAGACAAUUUUACACAACCAGUCGAAUGUUUCACAUGAUUUAACAUUAAACUCGCAAAUCGUGGUAGAUGAAAUCAGUGGUGCAUUUGAUCCAGCAACGGUAGUGGGCUUAAAGUUAAGUUUGGAGGAAAAAAGAAAACUGAUUAAAAUGAAACCUUGUCAGCCAAGUUGGUCCGUUUUACAGUCAAGGAAGAAAGUUAUUGGGGAACAUUCCAGAUUUUGCUCACAACAGCUGUUUCACCAUGAUGACUGCACAUAA